CACUAUUGCCCGUAAUUUCAGGGUUUUUGACGCUUUUAAAGGGUUUAGGGCUUUAGCGUUGCCCUUUGCUGCAGCUGUGUUGGAUGGAAUCAGGAGAUGCUCUCUUCACUCUUCAUACAACCCGUUUACCUCACCAACUUCGCUUUGCUUACUAAUUAUUAGGGUUUCCUUACCCUAAGGCGGCUAGGGUUUUUGACUCAUAUCCUAAUUUGACUCGAACUCUAAUUCAAAUUGGCUUUUAUACUCGUAUACGCCCUUCUAACACUUUAACUCUUUCCGAUCCCCACAUUCUCUUAUACACAAUUCAUAUAUCUGACACUUACCCAUUUGUUUUUCUUCGAUUCUUACUGGAAUUUUUUUUAUUUCUGCAACGAAUUCUCAUCUGGGGUUUCACUAUUUUUCUCUGAUCAUUCAUUAAAGUUCUAAACGCAGUCUUUUAGUUUUCGGGUGGUUUUAUAUUAAAAACCAAUCUGGGUUUCUGCCUUUCAAUCUUGUUUCUGUGAUCAAUAUCAUACAUAAAAUUCAAUAUUCUGAUUCUGAAACAUGAGUUUUCCUGAUUCUCGUUCCCAAUUUAUGCAAUCUAUACCAGCUUAUGUUGGUGGCACUGACGCCAUUAAUUGUUGGCCUCAAUUUUCCAUGAACAAUGAAGAUCAACAAUCUGAAUUUGAGCAGCAGUCGCAACCUCCUCCAUUCAAAAGAGCCAGAAAUUCUGAUGAUGAAAGCCAAUCCAAUACUUCACCCUUUCCACCUAUGAACACUAGAAUGAUCCCACCAAAUGCUCCAGUCAAUAAGGGAGUCAGUAACAUAUUCUUCAAGACCCGCUUAUGUGCCAAAUUCAAAGUGGGGUUGUGUAGAAACGGCGAAAAUUGUAACUUUGCUCAUGGAAUUGAAGAUAUGCGACAACCUCCUCCCAAUUGGCAAGAACUUGUUGGUGGACGUGAACGUGAUAAUGAGGAUCGAUCAUCAUCUGGAAAUUGGGAAGAUGACCAGAAAAUAAUUCACAGGAUGAAGCUAUGCAAGAAGUUUUACAAUGGGGAAGAGUGCCCUUAUGGUGAUAGAUGUAACUUUCUUCACGAGGACCCUGCCAAGUAUAGGGAUGAUUUGGGUAGAUUUAGGGAGAGCUCAGCCAUAAGCAUUGGAACCACACCACCACCCCCGGCCAAUCAGGGAAAUGUGCCUAGUAAUUCAGAUGAUAAUAGGGCUGUGAACUCUGUUUCAGAUUCAUCAAGAGUGAAUGUGAAACCUGUGUAUUGGAAGACAAAGUUAUGUAACAAAUGGGAGCAAACAGGUCACUGCCCUUUUGGUGAGAAAUGUCACUUUGCUCAUGGGUAUGCAGGUACACAGUCUGCUCUACACAAGUUGCAAAUGGCUAAUGGACGAGUUGAAGUAGAUGCUCUGAAUAUUGCCGCCUCCUUACAAGCAAAACCUCAGGCUGUUGCUAUUGACUCACUUCCAAGUGCAACAACUGCGGCUGCUUUCGAUGAAGAUGUGCAGGGUAAGAAGUGCUUGAUGAAGUGGAAAGGACCAAAGAAGAUCAACCGAAUUUAUGGUGACUGGCUCGAUGAUCUACCGCUAGUGCACAACCUACCGAGUAGAGUAGAGAGCUGACAGAAUGGAAAUCAUUUUCCCUCUGGUUUAGAAAUUUUAAAGAAUUUUGUUACCAAAAGAAAAGUUUUUGUGUUCAUUUUUUCUCCUGUUUGGUUGUUGAUCAAGUCGUUUAAUAUCUGUUUCUUUUUAGUGGUUUUAUAUUCUUUUUCUUUUUAGUGAUCUUAUAUUCUUUUUCCCUUGCAUCUCUUCUUAUUGAAGAUUUGUGAGAUAUAGUUGGAUUGCAAAUUUUGAACUAGAUAUUGUUUCUGGAAGUGUCAACUGUCAAAUAAGAGUCUUUGAUAGCAGUGUGAUCAAUCAGGAUUAGUUUUUGCUUUGAAAUGGUUUCCUAUCAUCAUGAAGGUCAGCACUGAGAUCUUCAUUGAUAAUGAUGGUCUUUUCAGAUUAUCCAAGCAAUGCACGGCAUACUCUUGUUCCUCUUAGGUUGUUUUGCUACAACUUGCUUGUAAUAAUUGAAAGCCUUUAGUCAACUCUAUUAUCUUUGAUCUUUA